CUUUUACUUGUCGCGCUUAAAGACCACACGAGGGCGUCUUCGUCUGGCUGGUGCCUGCUCAACGCCAUGGCGGCCAUGGAUUGAUCGAAUACGCGCUGUUGCCUCCGAUCGCUAUCGAUUCUCGCCUCCCCGCCGUCGCUAUCGAUCGGUCUAAGCAAGUGCGCGGCGAGUGGAGCAGUGUGGGAACAGGGUUUAGGGCAGGGAAAUCUCGCUCUCCAGCUAUGGCGAGCAAUCUCUCCUUCUGGGAGCUAGAUCCUUUCUUUCCGGCUGCGGAGGAGGUGCAAAACUCGACCGACAGAAUGGAAUCGAUUUAUCGUGCUUGGAAAUACACCCAGGGCGUUGCGCAGGAGACUCCGGAAGAUUCUUCUAUCAUUGCGGCGGUGAAAGCGAACAAGCGCGACCUUAUCACUGCUCUCGACACGGUCAGAUGGCAAUUGGAAGAAUUCGCGAGGGCAGUGAAAGUCGCAACGAAUGCUGCCGCCGAGCGUGUCUACCUGGGCGAGGAUGCGAAAUCUCGUCACACCCAGUUCGUGAACGCGAUCCAGAGUCAGGUGUGUAAUAUGGAGAAAGAGAUUGGCGAUUGCUUAGAGAAGAAGAAGCUCAAGUACGCGAGCAUUGGUGAGGCGGACAGCAAGUGCCUCGCACUGUUCCUAUCGGGUAGUGACGACGUAGAUAGUAGCUCUCCGACCGCCAUAGCCGUCCAAGAACGCGAGGUAGAACAGGGCAACGACAACGACGUUUUGCUCGACAGCCUUCCAAGUAUUUCUAUCAGAAUCGACACUGUGGACGGUUGCAAUGGGUUUUGUCAUCACAACGAACGAAAUGGUUUUUUCUCGAGUGGCAGUAGCAGCAGCAGCAGCAGCAGCAGCAGCAGUAGCAGUGGCAGUUCUAGUAGCAGUCGGGAUGGAUUGAUAGAAUCCAAGAGUUUUUGGAACAGCGUAGCGGGGAUUCUUUUCUGGAGAGCUCGAGACCAUCAAUCGAAGAUGCAAAUGUCGGCCAGUGUGUUGAAGCGGUGGAAAGACGGCGACGCUGGCUUUCUAGAUCGCGCCGAGGAGUGCAUGUCAGCAUUGAAGAAUCGAUGCCUGGGUAGAAACAAUGGCAGGAAGCAGUCAAGCGGUUCCCCACGUUUGCUUGGUCUCCUCGGUGAUCACAGCGGAGCGGUGAUCCAGAGAAGGUUUCUGCGAGCGAGCGAGGUUGGGGACGCUGCGAAGAUCGGAUUUGGAGCGCUCGUGGUGAUUGGGCUCAUGGGUUUGUACUUUUGGUUCUUGUCGACGCUCGUGCCGCUGGAUCAUCAGCCUGUCCCCGGCAGCUUCUUGAAUUGAUUGAUCAAAACUCGAAAUGGGGUUUUAAUAAAUUUAAAAAUUAACUGUCUA